UUUCGGUGAUCUUUAGGCUGCUCUUUUGCUCUGCAAGAUGGAUGAUGCUUCGUCCUCUAAUUCUCUCCCUGUCUUCGUCACCAGAAUUUAUUAGGGUUUAACAAAUGGCCACCACUUCGUUUGAGUUGGAGGAUCAGACAGACGAGGAUUUCUUUGACAGAUUGGUUAAUGACGACAUUGAUUUUAUUGGAAAUGUGCCUAGUUCUGUACAAAACAGCGAGCCUGACGAGGUCAAAGCUUUUUCAAAAUUGAGUAUUUCAGAAGCCGGUUCUCUAGGAGUAGACAUCAGCGGCAAUGGUGGUUUUGUUAAUGGUGAAUUGGAUCAUGAAGAUAGGGUUGUGUUGGAAUCGUUGGAUCCACUUCAGGACCCUGUAGAAGUUGUUAAAGAAAGCAAGUCACCGACACCUGAUUCUAAAAAUGAGUUCAUUGCAUUGAAUGAUAUAGCCGAUAAUGGAAAUGAGGCUAGGGCAUUGGAGGAUAAAGCAGAUGAUAGAAAUGAGGCUAGUGCAUUGGAUGAUAAAGCCGGUAAUGGAAAUGAGGCUAAGGCACUGGAGCAUAAAGGGGAGGAAGGUGCGGUAGAUGGGGCAGGGAGUACUAGUAUUGUAUCAGCGGAAACUGGUGUGAAAGUAGUUCAAUGGAGUUCGUUUAACUCAGAUUUGAAACCUUCUGCUGGCAACUCGGAUUUUUUCAGUGAAUUUGGAGAUUACUCGGAAGACCCAUUUGCAAAUUUGGGUAAUACAGAAAAAUCUUGGGCUGAGUCUAUGGUCACUAAUGGUGUUUUGGAGAACUCAGUUGCUGAUUUAGGUGCUUCUAGUUACGGGCAUAAUCAAGAAGGUCAGCCUUGGGGGGCUAUUGAGGAACAAAAUUUAGAUGGGGAGGACUUGAAUAGUAGUCAGAAUUGGGAAAAUCUUUACCCGGGAUGGAGGUUUGAUCCAAAUACUGGGCAAUGGUAUCAGUUGGAGGGUUAUGAUGUGAGUGCCAAUACAAAUACAGAUGUGAAUGUUAAUGCAAAUGCUCAAGAGAGUUUUAAUGUAAAUUCUCAGUCUGUAGAUAAUGCAGUUUUUUCAGACCAGAAAGAAGAUGCUUAUUAUUUCCAGCAACCAGCGCAGUCUGUUUCUCAGAGUGUGGCCCAGGGAAGUGAAACUAGCACUGGUUCUAACUGGAAUGAGCAUUCUUGCGGGAACACAGAUUACCCUGCACAUAUGGUUUUUGAUCCCCAGUACCCUGGGUGGUACUUUGAUACAAUUGCUCAAGAAUGGAAGCAGUUGGAGUCUUCCGCUCCAGCUUCUGAUCAGUCAACAAGUGUGGAGCAUAAUCAGCAAUAUCACAAUACCAAUGUUGAGAAUCAUGGGUCACAGAGUCUGAUCAAUGAACAAAAUGUUGCAAACUGGGGUGGAUCCAUGAGCACCUAUGAUCAGCAAAGUGCGAGUAUGUGGCAUACUCAGAAUGUUGCCAAGAGCGACACUGUUAGUUUUCCUGAGAAACAGCAGCAUGCAACCCAGUAUUUUUCAGCCGAGCAUGUAACUAAUUCUGUGAAUCAACAAACAGGAUUCAAUCCUUCUGGAUCAAUUGCUCUUAAUGAAGAGGUAAGUCAUGGCUAUGAUAUCAGUGGUGGGGUUGGUGGGUUUGAAAGCUUUCAUCCUGCAGGAAACUUUUCUCAGCAUCAGAAUCAAGCGAAGGAGCCAAACCAAGUGAUGAGUUUCUCACCUGCUAACUUUGAUUGUCAGAAGCCAGUACAUUAUUCACAGCAGCCCGUCCAGAGUGGAACUCAGUUUUCUCAUGAGGCCGGUAUGGGGAGGUCGUCUGCAGGACGACCUCCACAUGCUCUAGUUACUUUUGGAUUUGGUGGGAAACUUAUAGUCAUGAAAGAUAAUAGUUAUUCUCCUGUGAACAUGACAUAUCAAAGCCAGGACUCUGUAGGAGGUGUGAUUAAUGUUCUCAAUCUGAUGGAAGUUGUUGUAGACAAAACUGAUGCUGCUAGCUUUGGAACUGGUUGUCAUGAUUAUUUCCAUGCAUUGUGCCAACAAUCUUUUCCUGGCCCUUUGGUUGGGGGGAAUGCUGGAAGUAGGGAAUUAAACAAAUGGAUAGAUGACAAGAUUGCAAACUGUGAAACUGCUUGCAUGGAUUUCAGAAGAGGGGACCAUUUGAGGUUGCUUUUCUCUUUACUAAAAAUAGCAUGCCAAUAUUAUGGAAAACUUCGAUCUCCCUUUGGUACUGACCUGGCAUUGAAGGAAACUGAUAGUCCAGAGUCAGCUGUUGCUAAGCUUUUUUCCUCUGCUAAGAGAAGUAACGAGUAUGGUGCUCUUAUGUGCUGCUUACAUAACUUGCCGUCUGAAGCACAGAGUCAAGCUACUGCUCUUGAGGUACAGAAGCUUCUUGUCUCUGGUAGGAAGAAAGAGGCUUUACAAUGUGCACAGGAAGGUCAAUUGUGGGGUCCUGCACUGGUCAUUGCAUCGCAGCUUGGUGAUCAGUUUUAUGGUGAUACUGUGAAGCAUAUGGCUCUAAACCAGUUAGUAGCAGGAUCACCAUUGAGGACGUUGUGCUUGUUAAUUGCCAGGCAGCCUGCAGACGUGUUUUCCAAUGCCACUACAGAUAGCAAUCUACCUAUGAAUGUAUCACAACAACAUACACAGAUUGGGGCCAAUUACAUGUUAGAUGAAUGGGAAGAGAAUUUAGCCAUCUUAACUGCAAACAGAACAACAGAUGAUGAGCUUGUUAUCAUCCAUCUUGGAGAUUGCCUAUGGAAGGAAAGGGGCCAGAACACUGCUGCACACAUAUGUUAUUUGGUUGCAGAAGCGAACUUUGAGCAAUAUUCAGAGAGUGCAAGACUGUGUCUUCUUGGUGCGGAUCAUUGGAAAUGUCCACGAACAUAUGCCAGUCCUGAGGCUAUCCAGAGGACAGAAUUGUACGAAUACUCAAGGGUUCUUGGAAAUUCUCAGUUUCUCCUACUUCCUUUUCAGCCAUAUAAGCUUAUUUAUGCCCACAUGCUGGCUGAAGUUGGGAAAGUUGGAGAUGCUCUGAAAUACUGUCAAGCAAUUUUGAAGUCUUUAAAAUAUGGUCGAGCACCUGAAUUGGACACAUGGAGACAGCUCUGUCUAUACGUUUUCUUACAGCGACAUUUUGUACAGGGUGGUUACAAUACAAAUUUGGCCCCAGCCAAACUGAUGGGAAAAUUGUUUACAUUAUUUGAUAAUACUGCUCAUCGUGUGGUCGGAGGCCUGCCUCCACCUGUACCUGCAACAUCACAAGGCCAUGCUCAUCAACCAGGAGGCCCAAGUGCAUCCAACAAUCAAUCAACAAUGGGUAUGUCUUCAUUAAUGCCUUCAGCAUCAAUGGAGCCAAUAAGUGAAUGGACUGCUGAGAGCAAUCAACUGAAUAUCCCCAAUAGAAGCAUUUCAGAGCCAGAUUUUGGGAGAAGCCCAGGAAAGGUUGAUCCAUCCAAGAAAGUGGACUCUUCUAAAACACAAGAAAAGGCAUCAACAUCUCGUUUUGGUAAUUUUGGCUCACAGAUAUUCCAAAAGACUCUGGGAUUUGUCAAAAGAUCCCAGUCAGAUCGGCAGGCUAAAUUGGGUGAAAAGAAUAAAUUCUACUAUGAUGAGAAACUUAAGCGAUGGGUUGAAGAAGGUGCUGAACCUCCAGCCGAGGAAGCAGCCUUACCACCUCCACCACCAACUGCAGCCUUCCCAAAUAGAGUGCAAGAUUACAACAUAAAUGACGCACUGAACACCAAAAGUUUCGAUGCAGUUGCUGGGCCACAAAUCAAAAGCCCGGUGCCCCCUGAGCAGAGUUCAGGAAUACCACCCAUCCCACCCGGUUCAAACCAAUUCUCUGCACGUGGACGUACAGGUGUUCGCUCAAGGUAUGUUGAUACAUUCAACAAGGGUGGUGGGACCCCAGGAAGCUUAUUUCAGUCACCAUCUCUUCCAUCUGCUAAACCUGGGAUUGGUCCCAAUCCCAAGAUGUUCAUCCCCACUGCUGUAACUUCUUAUGAGAAGACAGUUCAAACACCUGGAGAAAGCGCGCAAGAGCCAUUGGCGACCAUCAACAAUCCCCCAAAAUUAUUUCAGGAUGUAUUCCCUACUCCACAAACAUCAACGUCAUCUUCAAUGACCACAUUGCAACGGUUUCCUAGCAUGGACAACAUUGUACAAAAGAGAGCAGAAGAAAUGGCAAAUGGCAGUAGCUUUGUUCCCCCUGAAUCGCGCCGUGUAGCAUCAUGGAGUGGAAGCCUUAAUCAUGCUAGCAAUCCUUCUAUGAGGAAUGAAAUAAAACCUCUAGGAGAAGCACUUGGUAGGUCUCCAUUGUCGCAUAUGCAUAGUGGUCCGCCAUCGUUGCAGUCUUCAAGAAGUGGUGGUAGUUUCGGAGAUGACCUUCAUGAAGUUGAACUUUGAAGUGUUAGGGAAUAGUUGUAAAUCUAUAGAAAGUGUUGCAUUAGACAGGGGCGGUGUCACCUGAUCCUUCUGCAAGUUCGGUGAUGGGGAUGACACAGAUGGGGAGUUCAGGUUUUUAGUGACGCCCCUUUAACCCCAUUAGAGGAAUUACAUAUAUACCUGAAACCAACAAUUAGCUUGAAUGAUAUGUUGCCUUUCUAGUAAAGAGGCUUUUGUCCUCAAACCAGAAAGGACAUGCGAUGGCAUUCUGUACAGGCCAACAGAUUGCCCUGAGGAAAACGAAAGGGGCCUUGAAACGGAAAGUAAGCAGCCCUUGUACCAAUUUGGGAGGGAAAAUUGCUUAGCAUAAUUGCAAAUAUAAGAUAUACUAUUUCUCCCAUUCACAUAUCUUAUUCAGAAUUUUGUCGAAUCAAUAAAUGACAUUGACAUGAGAGUCUGAAAGUUCUUGUUUAAGAUUUCUCCUUUCAUUUACCCUUAUUUCUUCUUGUUACAAAUAAUGACAGGAUUUAUAUUUGAGACGGUGAAAUGAUUCCUUAAA